UUUACGCAGAGUUUGUCCCAGACCAAGUUAUUGAAACGUUUGAAAACACGGAGCAAUCAAAACUGAUCAGAACCAGACCAGAACGUAAUCAACUGUCGCGGAGAGUACAUGUUACAUCGCCGGUAAUUCUUUCGCAUUUGUUUUCGUAAUGUUGGAAGGUGUCAAGCAUGUUUUACUAGUGUUAUCUGGUAAAGGCGGUGUUGGAAAGUCAACUGUCAGUACUCAAUUGGCACUUGCACUCAAGGAGUCAGGAUUUCGAGUUGGUUUGUUGGACGUAGAUCUUUGCGGGCCUAGCGUGCCUUACCUCUUAAAUUUAGAAGGCAAAGAUGUUCAUCAGUCUUCUGACGGAUGGGUGCCAGUAUUUGCUGACAAAGAACAAAAGUUAGCUGUCAUGUCGAUAGGGUUUUUAUUAAAAAAUCAAGAUGACAGUGUUAUUUGGCGGGGUCCAAAGAAAACUGGUAUGAUUAAACAAUUUUUAAACGAUGUUGUUUGGCAAGAUAUCGAUUACUUGAUCAUUGAUACACCACCUGGAACCUCGGACGAGCACAUUACAGUGAUGGAGAAUUUGAAGAAUGUUAAAUGUGAUGGCGCACUUAUAGUAACCACUCCACAAGCAGUUGCAGUAGAUGAUGUUUUACGAGAAAUAACAUUUUGUAGAAAAACUGGUAUUCAUAUAUUUGGUAUUAUUGAGAAUAUGAGUGGUUUUAUUUGUCCAUCGUGCUCGGAAUGUACAAAUAUUUUUUCUGCCGGUGGAGGAAUAGCUCUUUCAAAAGUGGUGAAUGUACCAUUCCUUGCAAAAGUGCCUAUAGAUCCACAAGUUGGUAAAUUAGCAGAAACAGGUCAAAGUGUUUUAGUAACACUACCAGAUAGCCAGGUAGCACAAGUAUUUCGGAAACUAGUCGAAGAACUUACAAAAAGCAAGGAAGCAUAAAAGUGAGAAUUCUAAUUACACCCAUACAAUUUCCAAUGAAACAUAGUACUUGCUUCUAAUGGGUAAUAUUAAUCAAUUGAAAAUAAAAUUGUUUUAUUGAAAAAAAUAUGUAUAUAUAUAUAUAUAAAAAAAAUAUAUAUAUAUCGCAUGUUACAGAAUGGGUAGAGUGUACAUACAAGUACAAAUAUGAUUUUUACAUGAUAGCAUUUAUACGAGUUAUAAACGAUUGAGUUUUUGCAAAAUACAAUUAUAAAAAUGUGCGUGGAUAUGUUUAUCCUACGGCAACUUCAAUUGAAAUGCCCGGAUAUAUUUUAAAAUUUGUAUAUAAGAGUGUGAUUAAAUUAGUGUGCUGUUGUAUAAUGUACAUACAUCGAAAACUUUGUAUAUUUACACAUGGCUCUAUUAUAUUCACUACAUUUACUGUAUUUCCAAAUUCGGAAAUUCGGAAUUCGUUGUUAUCCAAUUAUUUACAAGUUUUAGCUGUUGCGCACAUAUUCAAAUAUAAAAAAAUAUAUAUGUUCUCCUUAUUUUUAUAUAGACCUAUUGCCAGAGUAAUAUAAAUUACUUAUUCAUACUA